AUGUCUUCCACCGCCUUUGUUCAGCGCCCUGCUCCUGCCUUCAAGGCCACCACCGUCUUCCCCGGCGGCGAGUUCAAGGACAUCCAGCUGUCCGACUACCUGGGACAAUGGGUCGUCCUCCUCUUCUACCCCCUCGACUUCACCUUUGUCUGCCCGACCGAGAUCAUCCAGUACAACGACGCGCUGCCCCGCUUCCGCGCCAUCAACACCACCGUCCUGGGCGUCUCGACCGACUCCCACUUCUCCCACCUCGCCUGGACCGAGAAGCCCCGCAAGCAGGGCGGCCUCGGCGCCGACCUCGCGCUGCCCCUCGUCGCCGACAAGUCCCACAAGAUCUCGCGCGACUACGGCGUCCUGAUCGAGGACGAGGGCGUCGCGCUCCGCGGCCUCUUCAUCAUCGACCCCAAGGGCGUCCUCCGCCAAAUCACCGUCAACGACCUGCCCGUCGGCCGCAACGUCGAGGAGACGAUCCGCCUGGUGGAGGCCUUCCAGUUCACCGACGAGCACGGCGAGGUCUGCCCCGCCGGGUGGAUGAACGGCAGCAAGGGUAUGAAGGCCGAUCCCAAGGGCAGCUUGGAGUACUUUGCUGCGCAGGGCGAGACCAACGGCCACACCAACGGAAACGGCCAGAAGAGAGCGCGGGUUGACUAG